CGAAACACCAACUAUCAAGGCCAAAGUAUCAAGUCCGCUAGAAAAUAGUUUGUAACAGAUAGAUAGUUACAGGUUUCUGCUAACAUUAAUGAUCGACAAUCCACUAGAAUGCCCAACAAAUCUCGCCAACAACCCACAUCGCACAUCAUCAAAGACGAAGUAACCUAACCGACUGACAUCGCAAUACAAUGCAUCAUGCAUAACACGAUCACACUGAGUUUGACCCUAUUGAUCGCUUCCGUCGAAUGCUGCCCCUUUCCCUGCAUAUGCAGAUGGAAGAACGGCAAGCAGACCGCAGAAUGCGUAGACAAGGACCUGCUGAUAAUCCCGGAGGGCCUCGACUCCACUACCCAAGUCCUCGAAUUCUCGGGCAACAAUUUGAGAACGUUGCAUCACGAGAAAUUCCAACAACUGGACUUGAUCAACUUGCAGCGCAUACAUCUGUCUAGUUGCAGGAUUAGCGUGAUAAGCGAGACAGCUUUCAAAGGAUUGACGAACUUGGUUGAGUUGGAUUUAUCAAGUAACUUCCUGGAUUCCGUUCCCACUGGAUCUUUCCGGGAAUGCCCAUCGCUAAUGAGGCUGACGUUGACGAGUAAUCCCAUCAAGGCGUUAGAACAAGGAGCGUUCCGUUAUUUAUCACUUUUGAACACUUUGGAGCUGAGCAGUUGCGAUAUCUCGAAGGUGGAUGCUGAAGCUUUUCAAGGGCUGUACAGUCUGGAGUGGUUAUAUCUGGAAAGCAACAGGAUGAAGACAUUUCCCGCCUCCUUACACUUGCCUGCUAGCUUGAAAGGAAUUCAGCUUCAGGAGAAUCCCUGGCAGUGUGACUGCAACUUACUGGAGCUCCACUCGUUUUUGCUGCAGUUCAUGUACCCCUUUUCCAUAGAGCCGCUGUGUGACAGUCCGAAGGGCUUGGCAGGUCGCAAGAUCAAGGCCUUACCUAGCGAUGUCUUAGCCUGUCUGCCAGAGGUGAGUCCCACCACGUUCUACCUGGAAAUAGACCAGGGAAAAAACAUAUCACUCACGUGCCAGGUUGAGGCUGUUCCUGAGGCAGCGAUCAGCUGGUACUUUGAGGGUCAGCUGCUGCAGAACAACUCUCUCCCAGCCCCUGGUCUGAGGUUGCUAUACUUCCUGGAAAGAGGAUCCUUGAGCAAGCGCAGCGAGCUGCAUCUUUACAACGCUCAUAGCGAAGAUAGCGGGACCUUCAUUUGCAAUGCAGAGAACACCGCUGGAAACUCACACGCCAACUUCACCAUCCGCGUCAUGCUAAAACAAGAAGCUAGAGUAGACCUGGACGAGGUCCCUUAUGAAUUCAUCCUCAUAGUCACCUUCGCGACUUCUUUAUCCGUGCUGAUACUGCUGAUGGCAGCUGUUUUCUCGGCGAUGAAGUGCCGUCGGCAUUCCCGGAUGAGGAAAAAGCGACACGAUUCCAAGGUAGCUUUGGGCAAUUACAGCACCGAUAAUUCUUUGAAAGAUAGCGUUAACGAGUCUCUGGAGAGCAGUAGGAGCGCCAAUUACGCAGAAAUUAAAUUUCGUGAGGAUCUCGCAAAUCAGGAAGGGGUGUCGCUGGUUGUUAUUGAUCAGGAGCUCAAGUUCUACCAGGAGCAGAACCCGGACCUUAUCGACGGGACGGACGUCAUCGAGAAGGGGGAUGGAGCGUUGCGGAGACAGAAGUCGGUGUCGAGGAACGUGCGGUUUGACUAUGUCGGUGACGAUGGAGUGAGUGAGUGCGGGAUGUUCAUUGUGCCCGGUGACGUGCGGGUUUUUCCAGGUAUGAACCAUUAUAAGACGCUGCCGAAUAAGAGAAGGACUGCUGCAGCACCCUCUGGUCGAGUGUCGAGAGAAGCUGAAUUCCUCAACCGGAGCAGUAUGAUCCACCCUCAACAGCAGGCUUACGAAUUUUUCGGCAGUGACAUACGACAUACCGCGGACGGAUAUCCAGCUAGAACGACUGAUAAGUGUCUGCAAGCAGGGGAACCACCACUAGAAGUGAAUAAAAAAAAUGCAGCUGAAGAUUCAGAAAAUGUAUUCUAGAAAGAAGUGUAUAGAACUUGUUGUAGAUGGACUUUCAGUUUCUGAUUGAGAGCAAAACCAAGACAUUUGUUUGUCUGAAAAUUGAGUUGUGUUAGGAAAACACCCAAAUUGUCAGACUUUUACUUUGGGUGGCAAACGUCAUCAGAUAUCAUCAUUUUGAAAAAAUAUUGUGUAAC